GUCCUUCCAAUCAGCGUCUGGCAGCGGGAAGUUUCAGUUCGGCGAAGGGCGGGUCCGAGUGUUCCUACUGCGGAUCUGAAGAGUUUUGUGUGGUGGCGGCAUUGCUGUGGAUCCAGAAACUGCUUCAGGAUGCCGGUGUCACGUUUUGCCAAUCGGCUUCGGAAAGAUUUGAGCACUGAAAUGAUUAGAACCAGCUUGGCUCACAGAAAGUCGCUGUCUCAGAAGGAAAACAGACACAGGGUAUAUGAGCGAAACAGGCAGUUCGGUUUGAAGGAGGUCAACGUCACACUGGAAGGGAGAGACCUUGGUGACAUACACGAGACGUCACAAGACGUCGCUCCAGAAAAGGCCAGCUCCAAAACAAGGUCAGUGAAAAUGGUUCUGAGUGAUCAAAGGAAGCAGCUCCUCCAGAAAUACAAAGAAGAAAAGCAGCUUCAAAAGCUGAAAGAACAGCGAGAGAAAGCCAAACGUGGAGUGUUCAAAGUGGGUCUCUACAGGCCCGCUGCGCCCGGCUUUCUUGUCACAGACCAGAGGGGUGUGAAAGCUGAGCCAGCAAAGGCUUUUCCGUAUCCUGGGCGGAUUACAAGAUCAAAGGCCAAAGAACAUAUGGAGCAGGCUAAGACUGGUAGCAGAGCUGUUCCUCAUGCAACCCAAUUUGGCCAGAGACAGAUUUCUGAGAAGAAAACAUUAGACAGAGAGAAAAAAGUUGUCCCGCUCAGUGCCUAUGCAGGGAAAAUAACUGAAUCAGCGGCUACUCAGAGGGCCAAGCAGGUGGCCCCAGCAGUGUCAUCUACUACAAGAAAGCCAGUCACAAGAGCCACUAAUGAGAACGGAUCAGAAAGAGUGGGACCAAGUAGAAGGGGACCUGCCAGAAAAGCAGAAGGCAAGCCGGAGAAGGUCAUUCCUUCCAGAGUUGAGCGUGAAGAAAGGCAUUUGGAUUUGCAGACCAGUGUGACAAAUGAAAUGGAUCUGGGUGGAGGCUUCCAAGAAGUGGAAAGCUUGCCUGAGACAGCCCCUGCGAAAGGGAAAGAGCGGAGGUCCUUUGCCCCCAAGCACUGUGUCUUCCAGCCCCCAUGUGGUCUGAAGACCUACCAGGUGGCUCCCCUGAGCCCUAGAAGUGCCAACGCUUUCUUGACACCCACUUGUGAUUGGAACCAGUUAAGACCAGAAGUCACUACAACUCAAGACAAAGCAAUUGAAAGUUUGGUACAGCAAGAAUUGGAGUCGCUAACAGUCUGUAGUAAAGAACAUGGCUUAAAUCAGAAGGACACUUCUACUCCAAAUUCAGAUCACCUUUCAGUGAAAGGAGUCGCAUCAUUUGAAGUAAGUGGAGGUCAACCAUCCGAGCCCCAGCAUGAUGUGCCGUACUUCAGAAAAAUCCUCCAAUCAGAAACUGACAAACUAACCUCACACUGUCUAGAGUGGGAGAGGAAGCUGGAACUGGACAUUCCUGAUGAUGCUAAAGAUCUCAUCCGUACAGCAGUUGGUCAAACAAGACUCCUUAUCAUGGAGCGGUUCAAACAGUUUGAAGGGCUGGUGGACAACUGUGAAUAUAAACGGGGUGAAAAGGAGACCACUUGCACAGAUCUGGAUGGAUUCUGGGAUAUGGUUAGUUUUCAGGUCGAUGAUGUGAACCAAAAGUUCAACAACCUGAUCAAACUUGAAGAGUCUGGGUGGAAAGACAACGGUCAUCCAAGCAAAAAAGUCCCCCGGAAAAAAAUUGUGCCCAGUAGAACAAGCAAAGCAAAGCAGGAUGAUGACAGACGAGCGGCAGCUAGGAGUCGGCUCGCAGCCAUAAAGAACGCAAUGAAAGUGCAGGCCCACGCAGCAGCUCCAGAGACAACAAAGGAAGCUGAAAAAAUAGUGUUCGAUGCUGGGUUCUUCAGAAUUGAGAGCCCCGUGAAGUCGUUCUCAGUACUGUCUCCUGAACGUCGUUCUCAAAGAUUCGGAACACCUGUGUCUGCCAGCAAAGUUGUGCCUGAGGGCAGGGCUGCAGGGCAUCUUCUAAGACAGAAGACGCCACUCAAGCAGCCUGACCCUCCGAGCAGCAAGAGCGAGCACAUCAAUCGGAUGUUUUCAGAUCAUCUUGAAAGCAGGUGCUGUAUAGAAGACGCCCCGUGUCCUGGAGAACAAGAUUCAAGUGACUUAGAACAUCCAGACCUCAGCUGCACCAGCCUCUGUACUCGGAAAGAAACGAGACAGCAAGAACGCAGACAGUUCUCCUUUGGAGGUAACCUAAUUUUCUUCUCACCGCCAAGACCCUGAAGAGAACACCAGGAGGGCUUUUAACUUAAAAAUAACGGCAAACAUUCUUUUCUUCACAUUGUUAAUUCUCUGAUGCAUUCUUAUUUGAAAAUAUGCACUGGUAUUCACUUCUAUUUGGUCUCUUUAUAUUGCAUUACACAGUUUUAUUUUUUCCUGUUUGUGGAGACAUAUUUUAAUAAUGAUACUGUAAAAACCUUGUAGGUUAUUUAAAAUAUUAAACGUGAAAUAAGGUUUUGCAUCUGUA